AAGAGGAGGAGGAGAAGCCCAAGGAGGAGGCAGGCAGCGGGCGGAGAAGCCUCCAGCUCGGUCUCUCGCGGAGCAGAAGCAGGCGAGCGGCGUCGGGGCUGCGGAGCGCGGGCUGCCUGGCUCUCUCGGAGGAAGCCGUGACUCCCGCCUCCCCGGCAGCAGCAGCGGCAGCAGCGGCCGAAGGAGGAGCCGGGCGUCCCGUCGGCUGGGAUGGCGGCGUCCGGGCUGUAGCCGGUCUCGGGCGUGGGCCAUGGAGGUGCAGCUGGGUCUGGGCCGGGUCUACGGGCGCCCGGGGGCCAGCCGGGGCUUCCGGGGGGCCUUCCAGAGCCUCUUCCAGAGCGUCCGAGAAGCCUUCCACAGCCCCCUCCGUCCAGAGGAGCCCGCCGACGACGCCUCCGACCCCCAGGCCUCGCCCUCCGCUGCUGCUUCUGCUUCUUCUGGGCUGCUGCUGCUGCCCCUGGAGGAGCCCCCGCCGCCGCCGCCCCCGAAGGCCAGCAGCGCUUCCUCCUCGGCUUCGGCUCCCGCUCCCGCCCCGGCGGCAGCUGCCCCCUCUUCUUCUUCUUCCUCCUCGGCGUCGCUGUCCCUCCUCAGCCCUUCCUCGGCCGCCUCCUCCUCUUCCUCUUCUUCCUCCUUCGCGGGGGAGCUGAAGGAGCUCCUGGGCGAAGCAGGGACCCUGCUCAGCCCUCCCUCCUCGGGGGGCCCGGACGGAGCAGCCGCCCCGGCCUCCUCCUCGGCCUCGGAGAAGGGGGCCUUCCUGGGGGAGACGGCCAAGGAGCUCUGCAAGGCGGUCUCGGCCUCGAUGGGGCUGGCGCUGGAGCCGGGGCUGGAGCCGCCCGCCGAGCAGCAGCAGCAGCAGCACCAAGGGCAGCCUCCGCCGCCGCCGCCUUCCAGCCAGGCGGGCCCUGCUCCUCCUCCGUCGGGGCUCCGCGGGGACUGUAUGUUCGCCCUGAGCCACCCUCCUCCGCGGGGCUGCUCCCUGGCCGAGGAGCAGGAAGGGUUGGCCCUGGAGCUGCCGGGGCCCCUGACCCUCUACAAGGCCCCCGCCGGACACGAGCUCCUGGACCCCGCCAGCGCCGCCGCCGCCGCCGCCCUCCAGAGCCAGAGGGACUACUACAACUUCCAGCUGGCCCUGGCCUCCUCCUCCUCCUCCUCUUCCUCCUCGCCCCACGGAAGGAUCAAGCUGGAGGCCCCCCUGGAGGCCCCUUACGCCACCGCCAGCCCCCCAGGAACCACCGCAGCAGCAGCAGGGAUGUGGGGGCCCCAGUGCCGACGGGCCCCAGAGAUGGCCCCCCACUACGCGGCAGCAGCAGCGCCCCCCACGGGGCACCCCUGGCACCCCUACUUCGCCCCCGAGGACCCCCAGCUCUAUGGACCCCCCGCCGAGGGGGCCCCCAACGCCUCCACGGCCCCCCACUUCAGCUACCCCAGAGGACAAGGCACCCCCGAGGGAGGAGCAGGACCAGGAGGGAUGGGGGAGAUGGCCCCCGGCAACAUGGUGGGCGCACCCCCAGAGAUGUGGUACCCGGCCGGAGCCAUGGUGGGACGCAUGCCCUUCGCGGGACCUGGCUGCAUCAAGACCGAGCUCAGCCCCUGGAUGGAGGGCUACCCAGGACCCUACGGGGAGAUGAGGUUGGAGUCUGCAAGGGACCAUGUUCUGCCCAUCGACUAUUACUUCCCACCACAAAAGACAUGCCUGAUCUGCGGAGACGAAGCUUCGGGGUGCCAUUAUGGAGCUCUCACCUGCGGGAGCUGCAAGGUCUUUUUCAAAAGAGCAGCUGAAGGUAAACAGAAGUACCUCUGUGCCAGCCGCAAUGACUGCACCAUCGAUAAGUUUCGGAGGAAAAACUGCCCUUCGUGCCGCCUGAGGAAAUGCUACGAAGCCGGGAUGACCCUCGGAGCUCGCAAGUUGAAGAAGCUGGGCAACCUGAAGAUGCAAGAAGAAGGCGAGGCAGCCGGCCCCUCGAGUCCCACGGAGGAGCAAACGCCAAAGAUGUCCAUGUCGCGCAUCGACAGCCUGGAGUGCCAGCCCAUCUUCCUCAACGUCCUGGAAGCCAUUGAGCCGGGCGUGGUUUGCGCAGGCCAUGACAACAACCAGCCAGACUCCUUCGCCGCCCUUCUGACCAGCCUGAAUGAGCUUGGGGAGAGGCAGCUGGUCCACGUGGUGAAAUGGGCAAAGGCUCUGCCAGGUUUCCGUAACCUGCAUGUGGAUGACCAAAUGGCGAUCAUUCAGUAUUCCUGGAUGGGCCUGAUGAUUUUUGCCAUGGGAUGGAGAUCCUUCACCAACGUGAAUUCACGGAUGCUUUACUUCGCGCCGGACUUGGUCUUCAAUGAGUACCGGAUGCACAAAUCCAGGAUGUACAGCCAGUGCGUCAGGAUGCGGCAUUUGUCUCAAGAAUUCGGAUGGCUACAGAUCACUCCCCAGGAAUUCCUCUGCAUGAAAGCUCUGCUCCUCUUCAGUAUUAUUCCAGUGGAUGGCCUGAAGAAUCAGAAGUUCUUCGAUGAACUUCGGAUGAACUACAUCAAAGAACUUGAUCGUAUCAUCGCUUGCAAGAGGAAGAAUCCCACAUCCUGCUCCCGGCGUUUCUACCAGCUCACGAAGCUCCUGGACUCAGUGCAGCCUAUCGCCCGAGAGCUGCACCAGUUCACCUUUGACCUCUUAGUCAAGUCGCACAUGGUCAGCGUGGACUAUCCAGAAAUGAUGGCGGAGAUCAUCUCGGUGCAAGUCCCCAAGAUCCUCUCGGGAAAAGUGAAGCCCAUCUACUUCCACAGCCAGUGAGAGGGAAGGGUGACUCCAAGGCCCAUCGCCCACCAUGGCCCCGUCCAGCCAUUGCCUGCCUCUUAAAUCUCUGCACUACCGCAACUGCAGUGCCUUGGAAUGCUGUGUGUUCCCAGAGACAUACAGCCACAACUACAAUGACGACAACGAUGACAAAAACAAAACUACCUUUCUGGUCCUUUCUGCUAUUUUCCUCCUGAGCGGUGGAAGUAGACCUUUCUCUCCUUGGAACGGCUCAUCAUGCGCUCAGAGCCCCAGCGAUCCCUACCUGUUUCCCUGACCCGUGUGUGUGCGCACGCGUGUGUGGUGUUGUGGCAUGGGGCCCAGCCGCCCUUGUUUACAUUCAUGCGCCUCUGGGUUCCCCACAGUGUCUUCAGCGGCCCUGUGUGUUACGCAGCAUUGUGGGGUGCAUUCGCUUUCCAAAAGACACACACUCACCCAAGUGCGCAUCCAAUGCGCAUCAGCUUUGGGUUGUCCUCGUUGCCACUGUUUCAUUUCUUUUCUUAAAAAAAGCAAAACAAAAAACCACACAAAAAAAUUAAAAAAAUAAUAAUAACCCAAAAUGGGGAAGAAAAAAAAGGUUAUUCAGAAUUAAAUACUAAGGUUCAUAUUGGGAUCGGGUAAUUUUCUUUCUUUUUUAAAGAAACAACUUUUUGAGCGGUUUUGUCUGUAUGGGUUUUCUUUCCCCUCUUUUCUUUUUUGCACUCCCCUCUUUUUCUGAACUGGGUUUCCGCUCUCUUUCUUUCCAGGAUUGCAAGAGAAAAGUUGUUUUUGCUUGUCUCUGAGCCAAGAAAAGGACAGAUAGAAAUCCUGGAAGGGGGACUAUUUAAAAAAGCAGACAGAGGGAAUGUAGUAGUAAUAGGACUCACUUGCAAAAACGAAACCAGAGAGAGAAGACAACGCAGCGAGUGUCCUGCCGUAGCUGUGGGCAUCACACAGACUCCCUUUCCACAAAACUGUGCCUGAGCAAAGGUUGUGGUGCUCCUGCGUGCCGAACCAGACGCGGGACGUUUUUGCUCUGACUAUGCAUGGGCAGCCAACUUCUUUGGCCGCAGUGACCGCUGACCCAGCCCUUCUCCGAAGUCACUGUCUCUCAGACGUAGCCCAUAGUGCUGUGUAUCCUCCUUGCAAAAUGGCCACCUCUCUGGUGGUCCGCGAGGGAGGUAAGAGUGCUAACUCCACACAAAGUGCCCGAUCAACUCUUACGCCGGCUCUUAACGCUCAUAAAAAGAAGACCCAACAUCUUAAAGAAGAGAAGGUCUUGGAGGCUGACCUUUCCAGUGCCCUGAAGGCUACAGAGAACCUCUCCUUCUGUGGACCAUGAACCUCUGAAACCUCGUUUUAUCUCCAGCUCACACUUUAUGUAACUUGGAAGAAACAUCUAGAGACCUCCUCCUUUUUUAUUUUUCCCCAAGUGAUGGUCCCGGAAGCAAAGCCAAACAUGAACUCUGUAGACUUUAUGGAGGAGAGGGUCCCUCGUUUGAAACUGCACAUAACUUUGGGUCCUUCCUUCGCCCGCUCCGCUUGGGGAAAAGAGAGCAAAUACAAGAGCCAUUUUUUUUCUCCUUCAGAUAGGAGAAACCGACAUUUUGUGCCAAAAACCGUAACGGAACCAGCGUUCCCAGGACUUGAAACAACCCUGGUUUGUAAAAAUGAAUCCCUUUUUCCUAUCAAGCUAACCUUGGAUGAGUGCAGCCAGUGACUGCAAAAUCUCACCAAAUGGACUUUCAGCUCUUCUCUUUGAACGGUCGGGGCUGUUUCCAAAAACGAAAUCUGUGUGGAUAGUUCUUUUGAAGGGGAGGAAAGAUGCUUGGGUUUUGGGUCGUCCCCAUCGACAGCUCUACCAAAUGCAUGAAAGUGUCAUUACUUCUCGUAAUGAAGAUGAUAACGUCCUCCUAUUCUCCAGUCCCCCAAUCCAACCUGUUCUUUCUUCUGGUUUCAUUCUGCCAUUUUCCAGUUCAUAGUGAGGUGCACAAAGUUGUCUGGUCCACUCGAUUGCUGGGAUGAAGGACUAGGCUAGCGGUAACCUAACUUACACUUCAGCCUUUCAGUAGUGUUUGGAUACAAGUUGAGUAGCCCCCCCAUUGUCAGCCUUUUCCGUUGGAUCAAAAUCCGGUCAUUUCCUCUGCUUUGAUGGAUCAGGAGAAGCAGCAAGGGUUUUUCUAAACGUUAAGUUCAAUGUUAAAAUUAUGAUUGCCUCUUAGUUCCACCAGUACCAGAAAAAAGGUGUUGCUUUCAACAAGGCUUCCUUCGUUGCUUUUAGAAGGGUAAAGUGUGGCUAACAGACUGUACUUUUGUGGUCCUUGGGGCCUCCAACCCAUUCCCCAUCCCCAACAUUUUCUAAAACUUGGCAUGAUUUGGGGGAUUUUUUUUUUUUUGCCCUAAACCAGACAGAAAACAUAAUAAUAAUAAUAAUAAUAAUAAUAAUAAUAAUAAUAAUAAUAUCCUUCCAUGAAAAUUUGGGAUGGGCAAGAAGGCCGGCAAGGAGAAAACCUUAGCUUUUGCAAAGCCCCUGCCUUGCAUUGCAAUCCAUUGCUUGAGUCAUGGCUGUGCUUUUAAGAGUUUUCGAAAGGUCCUUCCAGAAUACCUAUCAUAAGUAUCAUGUAAAUAUUGGAUUUGGGGAGAGGGGGACGGUGGUGGGAUAGAACUGACCACAGGUUGAGUCUCCUUUAUCCGAAAUUCCAAAAUAUGCCAGAAACCCAAAACAUUUGUCAUGGGUGACUGAGAUAGUUGGCACCUUUGCUUUCUGAUGGUGCGACGUACGCAAAUUUCGUUCCAUGCACAAAAUCGUUAAAAUAAUUGUGUAAAAAUUGCCUUCAGUCUAUUAUGUGUAUAAAGUGUAUAUGAAACAUAAAUGGAUUUAAUGUUUAGGCUGGGGUCCCAUCACCACAGGAUCUCAUUGUGUACAUAUAUGCAAAUACAGGCGCUCCAAAAUCCAGAUAAAAAUCCCAAACCCCUCUGUACCCCAAGCAUUUUGGACAAGGGAGACUCGGCCUGUAUUUAGCUUCCUUGGGUUCUUUACAGUGGAUUUCUGCUGCAGCAGCUUUAAGAGUUUGACAAAUACCCAAAGCGCGGUCAAUGCCCUAGUCAUCAAUUCUUUUUUUAAUUAUUCCUUUUAUGCAUUUUUAUUUUUGUUAUAGUUGUUAAUAAUAAUAAUAAUAAUAAUAAUAAUAAUGUUAUUAUGCAAAUGUGUACCUACACUUUGGGGACGUUCUGUUGUGCCAUGUCGAAAGUGCCCUUCGACCAACAGCCCGGGUAGUUUAGCCCUUUCAUUUGUCAGAUCUGUUUCUUACUUUUCUAAAACGUACAGAACCUGAAGUCCUUUUCUGCCGGGUGGGAAAGAAAAUAAAGCGAAGCGGGGGAAUGCAUGCAUGCCCAGCAUUUUGGAUGCUGUAUCAGAAGGUAGCCUUGAGACUAUGGCAAAGUCGCAUAUGUAUCAGCCAAGUAGUCUGGCUGGAGUCCUCUUGGUUAGCCCCAACUAAAGGCAACUGUUGGAUGGCCAACCCAUUGGUAAAUCCAAUUCAGUCUCUGUUCUCAUUGGGGUAAGGCUUCUGUUUUGAGUUGCCUCUUCUCUUAGGUUCCUCCCCAUCCUCCAGAAAGACAUGGCACACACCUCUUUUACACUUUGGUUGACUGGAGGAUGUACCAAAUUGGUGCACAUCAGAUGUGCAAUUCUCUCUCAACACCAGUCCUUCUCUGGUCUUUGGCCAAAAUACCCUUCAGCACCUGUGGAAAUGAGAAUGAAGCCAUCCCUUGAAGGCUAUUGCAAGUCUGGAGUAUUUGGCUGCGGUUGGGCAUCCAACUUUGGUGACAACAUCCCUCCAUCGCAGAGCUCUUGUCAUCGUCUUUCCAAGACGGCGGGCGGAGGGGAGGCUGCGCGUGUAUUUAAAAUUUUCUGGGCUUUCAGCACUUUAAGAUGCCUUAGAUGUUAUUGACAUUGUUGCCUGAUUUUUUGCUCUCGCUGUCUUUGUUGGCAUUGUGCCGUUCUCCUUUUUGGAAGAGGUGUCCUGUCACCGGCAGGCACUUCUGGAAGCUGCCUUUUUGUACAAACGCACCUUGUGUAAAAGCUUGAGCCAUUUCUACACUUUGCUUGCAGCGGUUUUUACCCAAAGAAUGUGUUGCGAGUUGCAUUUACCAAAGAACGUGUAUAUAAAAACGGGAAGAGAUUUCAAGUUUGUUUCACAGAUCACACAAAUCAUCCAGGGGUGGCAAGGGAGCCUUCUUUGCCUUGGCACCAAGCUUUCCAUGGGGCACUGGGGAGAAGUGGGCACGCCGCCCGACUUUAUAUGGGGUUAGGAGCUCCUUUGUCCUCUUGUUCCUGGCAGGUAAUUGUACAAAUGUAUUUCCUUGCACGCCGAAUUUUUUUGCCAGAUUUCUGACUGGUCUUGAGCCGCAGAUAAUCUCUGUUGUGGAAGGAAGAGGCACAAUCGUUUUGGGGGACAUGGUUUGCACUAAGGGAGGAGGGAAGUGGAGAAAAGCACCCCCAUAUUUACUCUCCAUUUGGGGGCACUGAAGGUACUCUGUGCUCAGAGAGUCGGGACGGGUGGGAAAGUAGUCUGCCGCUACUUUUUAAAAGGCACACCAAUUUUGGAAAACAUGCAAAAGAUGGGUGGGCAAGACCAAGCUCUGUAAAGGUUGUUUAUGUUGCCAUCGCCACCUUUCAAGUUGCAACCUUUGCAUCCAUCAGAGUGUAGCUAUGGGAGGGAGAAAAGGAUAGGAGAGAAAUACCACCCAAAUCAAAAUUUUGGGCCGGAACAGACAGGCCAAAAUAAAACUGCUUUGGACCACUUUGGAAAUGUGCUGUUUAAAUGAUGCAUUCAUCCUAAGAGGCUGGAAGUUGCACCAAAGCCAUGCUCCAGUCCUAAGGACUGGAACGCAGCUUUGGCACAGCUUCUAACCUCUUAAGAUGCAUGUGUCAUUUAAACAUGCAUUUCUCCAAAGUGACCCAAAGCAGCUUUAUUUUGGCCUGUCUGUUCAAGCCCAAAGUCCCCUCAUCAAAUUCCGCUUUGCUUCCCAAAUUUUUAGCACUGCAGUCGGUAAAGGCUUCGGUUGAACAUUUUGCAAUAGUAUGUACGCGUGCAAAGAGAAGGAGAGGGCCAAGUGACCCAGGAGAGGCGAACAUAGCGAGUGGAAGGGUCCUAGGUGUGAAUGGUGUUCAAAAGCUCACUAGAAAUCGGGGGAACGAAGGAGGGUUUCCUGCAGAGGCUGAAUUAUAAUGGAGGGGAGCAGACAAGGCAUUCAUUUUGGCAUAGCUGCGCCACUGCAUUCAGAAGCAAAAGAGAGAUGCUUCUAAUGGUGUCUCUCAGAGCGAAAAAGGAGCCAGGUUCAAGCUGGGGUUGCAGCUUGAAAGUGGCGCUGCAAAACAUAACAUUGCCACAAGGCAGUUGUGCACCACUUUAGGUGCACUGGUUUUUGUUUUUCAGCAGACGCAUGAGAAGACAAAUGCAAAUCCUCCCUCGCUCCUGCACUUUGCAGUUGCAUCUCCGACCCUUUGCACUUACUGCGUAGGGAGCAGAGGGGGCUUUGGAGAAAGGUGUUGGCGUUGUGCGCAUUGUGUUAUUCUCCAUUGUCCUGGGGUUGUAAUGACACCGUCCCUGCUAAGCAUUUAGAACUGUUUAAGGUGGUUUGUGGGAUAUUCUGUAAUGACUAUGGCACUUACCAAAAAAAAGGUUUGAAAGAAAUGUUUUUAUUUGUAAAUCUUAUUUGUGCACUUUUUAAAAAAAAAACACCAAAAGUUAAGGCCUACAUAUAUGUAGUUUUAAAAAAAUAGAUAGAUAGAUAGAUAGAUAGAUAGAUAGAUAGAUAGAUAGAUAGAUGCUAUAGAUAUAGGGUUUCUGGGCUGUUAGCCAACAGUCUUUGUUUGCACUUAAAAGCGAAGCCUUCUUUGUGGCAGAAGGUUUCUGGGAUUGUAGAGUUUGCAGUUGUCUUAAAUGCAGCCAGAUAAGCUUUGGGAAGCUAGCAGAGUAUCUAAAACCAGCAGGAAAAGCUGAACUGUGUAACAGUGGAGUAAGUUGCAGACGAACGGAGGGCAUCGUCCUCGUCUUUGAGAAAAAGCUCAUAAAUACAUUUUAACAAAAACAGCCCGUUUUGCUCUGUCCGAAGCCAGUCCGGGCCAAACGCACACCAGCUCCCUUGGGUCACAAGCGUCCGCACCGAAGGAACGGUGGUUUUUCUUUGCCUUUAAGGAGUCAAAGCAAAAGGCGUCCUGUGUUAAAGUCGAUCGAUUGAGAGAGAUUUGGGCAUCGACUUCACCGGAACCGAUGGCGCCCGGCGUCAGGAACAUGGACUGUGCAGUUUUCAUUGAAACAGACCAGAUUUGGACAGGGUUAUUUUUCCGCUUGGCAAUUGUACCUUGCAAAAACGUACAUCGAGAAAUACACAAGCACUCCAUCCUCAAAGGAGAGUUUGCAAUGACUGCUGUUGGGGUCUGGAGACCACCUAACUCUCAGAGAAUAGAGUUGUUGCUGUUGUUGUUUUCCUGGUCCAUUGAAGCAUACGCCGGGGUAGUUAAGCCAAGCUUAAUGCGAGGAAAGAUUAAAGGUUUUAAAAAUCAAAUGAAUCCCUAUUGAACUGUUUCAGUCCAUGUUAGUUCGGGUCUAGCCCUUCGAGGCAAACAAACUUCAUGCUCUAUUUCAGCUUGCUCAUUUUUCUCUCUUUCUCUGUUUUUUGGGGGGUUGAUCUUGGAUCCUGUUGUUUCUCAAAAUACAAUAAAAACGGAAAACUUUGGUUGUUGGGAAA